UCGAAGAAUCUACUUCUAUUCUGUCCCAUGGCCAGAAUUCUCUCUAAAUCCAUCUCUUCUCAGAUAAUUUUCAUAACUUUCUUCUUCUUCUCCUCUUCCAGUGCUGGUGUAAAUGGGGCGUCUCAUAACUUUCGUUUUUCUCGAAUUCUGUUACCACAAGAAAUGGGGCUAAAGCAAGAGAAGAUCACUCACUUUCACUUCUACUUCCACGAGAUAGUUGGUGGCAGCAACCCAACUUCCGAAAUCGUAGCGGGGGCAGAUCCGACGGACAUAAUGACCACAAAAUUCGGCACGGUGAGGAUGAUGGAUAUUCCAUUGACUGAAACUCCAGAUUUGACUUCGAAGCUCGUUGGACGAUCUCAAGGAAUCUAUGCCUCUUCUUCGCAAAGUGAAGCAAGCUACUUGAUGGCCCUGGACUUUGUGUUCAUGGAGGGGAAGCACAACGGAAGUACGCUGAGUAUUCUUGGGAGAAAUCCUAUUUUCUCCGGCCUCCGAGAGAUGUCUGUGGUCGGAGGGAGUGGGGUUUUCAGGUUCGCCCGAGGCUAUGCUCAGGCCAAAACACACUCCUUGGACCCUAAAGCUGGUCACGCCAUUGUUGAAUAUAAUGUUUUUGUGAUCCACUAUUAAUCCCCC